AGCAACUUUAACGUAAUUUUAACCCGCCUCAGAAAACCACCAGAAGCUUCACUUCCACUUUUGCUCAAAUCUUUCUUUUGUCUCCGUCUAUCUCUCUCUCUGUGUGUGUCUUCGUCUGUCUAUCUGUCCGUUUGAAGAACCAGGAGCUGAAGUCAUAGCUCGUGCCCAGCAUGUCUCUCCCGCAACAGCUGAGAGAUGAAAGUGAUUUCGAUCAACUCCCGGACAACAUUCCCGUCACUGCGACCAUUGCUGAUGUCGAGGAGAAGAAAGGAUUCAUUGUUUACUAUAAGUUUGUGAUCGAGGUGAAGACCAAGGGCAACAGUAAGUACCUGAUCUACAGGAGGUACCGUCAGUUCUACGCUCUGCACGAGAGCUUGUUGCUGAAGUACGAAGCCCAGCCGGGAUAUUACGGCUGCCAGCUACCGAAUCUGCCAGGCAAAGUGUUUAUGGGAAACAAAAAGGAGAUCGCAGAGAGCAGAAUCCCCGAGCUCAAUAAUUACAUGAAGAGGUUGCUAUGUCUGCCUACCUGGAUACUCUUGGAUGAUCUUAUACGGAUGUUUUUCUACCAGACUGAAUUGGACAGCCAACAGAUCCCUCGGGCCCUGAGACGUUUGCGGCCCCCCACACGCAAAGUGAAAACCGUAAAGCCCAAAACAGACCUUCUCUCGGCUCCCAGAGCAGAGGUUGUGUUCGACUUCAGCGGCAGCGGACGCCUUGAGCUCAAUCUGAAGGCUGGAGACGUGAUCUUCCUCCUGCGGAGAGUCAAUGCAGACUGGCUGGAGGGCACUGUGAGGGACAAAACAGGGAUCUUUCCUGAGUCAUUCGUGAAGAUUAUUAAACCUCUUCCCGAGAGUGACUCUGAUGAAGAGGGCGGAGCUUCAAAGAAGGCGGAUCGUGCCCAGGGUUCAUAUAGCUGCCUGCGCUGUUAUCUGCUGAAGCCGGAAGGGAUCGAUACAAGGGACAUUUGUGUUGAGGAAGACCUCUCAAUUCAACCAUCUUAUCUGGAUCUGCUCUCCCGAAUGAGGGAUUUGUUUCAGGUGGAUGAUAUUGCGUUGAACUACAGAGACCCCGAGGGGGAUCUGGUACGGAUAUUAGACGAUGAAGAUGUCACACUCAUGAUACAAGAGAGCAAACGGACAAAGUCAGAGGUUAAAAGACCUGUCAAUCAGUAUCCAUGGGAGCUGCUGGUCACACAUUCCAAAGAUCUGUCGGUCUACAACACAGAGUAUUAACAUGACCGUGUGUUUGUCUGUGACCUCCUUAAAAUUUCACAAUCAUUGCAGUUUCAUGUGCACAAACUCAAGGCAAGUCGUUGUAUAGUCACAAAAUAUUUGAUUUAUGUGUUCAUGGACACAAUCGUCCACUUUUUCUGAGCGCUUUUUUUGUGUUUGUAUUACAGCUUUCUUUUUUGUGUCAUUUUAUAUUCCUCACAGUUUUGUCCUAUUUUUAAAUCAUUGCUUGGGGUUAGUUUGGGGUUUGCGUUAGGAAGUAAUUUUCUGUAUUGGUUUCUACAUGUUUUUUUUUUACGAUUUUAAAACUGUUUUCACUGGGGUUGGGGUUAGUUUUGGGUUUUGUUUAGGAUGUAAUAUCAUGUUUUGGUUUCUAAACGUUUUUUUUUUUAAUGAUGUUAAAACGAUUUUCGUCUGGGGUCUGGGUUAGGAUGUAAUUUUACACUGCAAAAAAUUAUUUUCAAGAAAAAAAGUCUUAGUAUUUUUGUCUUGUUUUCAGUAAAAAUAUCAAAAAAUUCUUAAAUUAAGAUGCUUUUUCUUGAUGAGCAAAACGACCCAAGGAAAUAAGUCUAGUUUUAGACCAAAAACAUCAAAUUUAAGUGAUUUUGUGCAUAAAACAAGCAAAAAAAUCUGCCAAUGGGGUAAGCAAAAAAUCUUAAACAUAUUCUUGAACACUAAAUUCAAGAAAAAUUCAAGAAAAUUGAUUUUCUGUUGGUUUUAUGCACAAAAUCACUUUGAUUUUAUUUUUUUGGUCUAAAAACUAGAUUUAUUUUCUUGGGUCGUUUUUUCUCAUCAAGAAAAAAUAUCUUAAUUUAAGAAUUUUUAGAUAUUUUUUCUUGAAUUUUUUUUAGCAGUGUAUGUAUUGGUUUGUACAUUUUUAUUUUAUAUGAUUUAAAAAUAAUUUUCACUUGGGGUUGGGUUAGUUUGGGGUUUGGGUUGGAUGCAAUUUUAUUUAUUGGUUUCUACAUGUUUUUUUUUUAUGAUUUUAAAACUGUUUUUACUGGGGUUGGGGUUAGUUUUGGGUUUUGGUUAGGAUGUAAUUUCAUGUAUUGGUUUCUACAAUGUUUUUUAUGAAGUUAAAACGAUUUUCGUUUGGGGUGUGGGUUAGGAUGUAAUUUUUCACUGCAAAAAAUGAUUUUUAAGAAAAAAAUUAUUUUGUCUUGUUUUCAGUAAAAAUAUCAAAAAAUUCUUAAAUUAAGAUGCUUUUUCUUGUUGAGCAAAACGACCCAAGAAAAUAAGUCUAGUUUUUAGACGAAAAACAUCAAAUUUAAGUGAUUUUGUUCAUAAAACAAGCAAAAAAAUCUGCCAAUGUGGUAAGCAAAAAAAUCUUAAACAUUUUUCUUGAACACUAAAUUCAAGAAAAAUUCAAGAAAAUAAUUUUUUUUGCUUGUUUUAUGCACAAGAUC